GUGUUAGCCAGGCAGGGGAGGAGAGGUCAGUCAGGCUAGCAGUGCACAGCUCUGUAAAACAAAGUUGCUAAUAGCUAUUAGCUUCUCUUUAUAUUUUUGCAGUAACCUCGAAACAACGACAUGAGUUCUUCCUCGACAAUCGGGGAGUUAUUCCUCGUCCUCAGUGAGAUGGGUUUCUCAGAAGAUCAGAUCCAGGCAGCUGUGCAGGCGGGACAUUUUUCUGUGACGGAGGCCACUGAGUGGCUUUUACAGGGUCAGUAUCCACGGCACACGUUGGCAAGACAGUCCUCACAACCACCUGAAACGCCUUUUUCUGCUUUCAACCCUCCCAAAGAAGCAGCAAGCACUGCUGCAACUUCUCCUGACAGCAGAGCAUGCUCAUCACUGGUUCUGAAGUCGUCACAAUCUUCUACCCAACCCCUGGAUCCACAUCCAGUUGAGUCACGGAUCAAACACGACAAGAGCGACUUUGAAGAGAAAGAAAGACAACGCGUUGCUCAUGAAGUUCAAGCUGAGAAAAAGAAAAAGAAACAGGAGCGUGAGAUGGUGUUAAAGAGGAUAGCCGAAGAUCGGAGAACCUUUCAGGCAAAAAGUCAGACAGCUGCAGCUUCAGAGACGACUGCUCCCAGCGAUCAGGGGCAAAAACUUGGGGGAAAGAUUCAGACGAAUGUAGACAAUAACUGUAUCCUCAUGAUUCGGCUGCCGUCCGGUGAGUCCAUGCGUGAGCGCUUCUCAGCCGAUGCCACACUGCGCAGCGUCGUGGAGCUCAUCAGUGGGCGCCACCCCUCCCUGCCCUCCUUUUCUCUCCUCCAGGGUUUCCCUCGUAAACGCUUCGGCGAGGCAGAGCUGGCGUGUUCGCUGCGCUCUCUGGGCCUCACACCUAACGCUGCACUGUGCAUUCAGACCACUCCUCCAGAGACACCUCAGGAUCCUCCAAGUCCUGCAGACGUCACUCCGGCAGGUCAGAAUGAGUCAUCUCCACGCGUUUUACCCCCUCAACCACAUAUACCUGUUCUGGAAGAUGCAGGAGGGCUGGACCCGGUUUUACCACCCUUACUGCCUAACCACGUGUGGGGGGAGGCGGUGAAUUAUGCUGGGAUACCUGGAGCUGACCCUCCGCUGUCGGGACCAUCUCAUUUCUGGGGGCGAGGUCAGAGGAUGGUUCCUGGCAACGCUGAGGAUCCUGCCAUCGAGCCUGAAGAGGAGCAAGAAGAAGAGGAAGAACCACCAGACAUUCUUAAUGGUAUGCCCCGGCUGCCUUUCUUUCCCGAGAACAGGAUGCGAGGAGGAUUUGAACCCCGACAUCACUGGCCAGAGCAAGGAAACCGACUCAGAGAAGCUCCGGAGGAGGAAGCAGCUGUCCCCGAGGAGGCUGGAGGACCAGUGGCGCAUGUAGCUGCAGGACAGGCAGCGGUGGAGCGUCUCCAGAGAGCUGCUCAAGAGGACCACAGUCCCUCUCAGGGGCACCCAUCUCCCCCUAAAAGACCCUUCAGGACACCAAACGUGCCGUCAUUAUGUGCCUUGGCCACCCGAGCAACUGUCCACCUCAUGACUGCUCCCAGCAUGCAGUACAGCAGCAGUCUGGCAGGCCUGACCCCGGAGCUAGCAGAACUGCUGCUCAACCACAUGUCAAAUGAGAGGCUGCUCCGUCCACGCACCCUGGAGCUCUUCUUCGGCUGCCCGCUGCAGAAGUUUGUCCUAAACUGCUACCCUUACUCCACCAACGAGCUCCUGCGACAGUUACGGGCCUUCACAGCGCUGAAGCAUCUCAGUCUCGUCAACUCUCCACUCAUCACAGAUUCUGGCCUGUCGGUCCUGCCCAGCCUGGUCAAACUCCAGACUCUCAACUUGGCCACCUGUAUCAAACUGACGGACUCCUGUUUGCAGUACAUCACAGGUUUGAAGAGCCUGUGCUUCCUGUCCCUGGAUCAGACCAAAGUGACAGAUGCUGGGAUGGCACCAUAUCUCCAGUCAGCUCCUUCCUGUCUGUCUCAGCUCAGCCUGAACCAGACAGCGGUGACCGAAGCCACGCUGGCUGUGCUCCCCACCUGUGUGCCCCAGCUGCGACUUCUCAGCAUCAAGCAAACUAAGGUUAAGGACGUGGCAGCCCUAGCGGAGAUGUCCAGCCUUCAGACUCUGAGUCUGGAUGGGACAGGUGUCACCGAGGCGUCUUUAAAGAGCCUCGCUGGUCAUCCUGCUCUGUCGUCUCUCAGCCUGGGAGGAAUUCCUGUAACUGAUGGCAACUACACACUUGAGAUCAUUUCAGGUCUAAAGCUGACUCACCUCACCCUCCCUGGACGCCACACCGUGACAGACAGUGGGAUGUCGGCUCUCAGCAGGCUGUCGCUGCUGGCAGAGCUGGACCUGACGGACUACACACACAUCACAGACCAGGGCGUUCACCAGCUCUCCAUCAUGACCAGGUUGAAGAAGCUGUCACUCAGCAACACGCAGGUGACUGACGCAGGGCUCCCCUCACUGCGCAGCCUGCAGGAGCUGCAGGAGCUGUGUUUGGACCGAACCAUGGUGACCAGCCGAGGAGUGGCAGACCUCAUCACCUGUCUGCCGCACCUUCAGGUGUUGGGUUUAGCCAGCACACAGGUGGGAGAUACAGUAUUGAGGAGGGGUCUGAUCCGCUGUCCCCAGCUCGUUAAGAUCAACCUCAGCCGCACACGGAUCACAGACAACGGUUUAAAGCACCUGAAGAACAUGCGUCUUGCUCAGGUGAACCUGGACGGCACAGGUGUUAGCCUGAUGGGGAUCGCCAACCUCCUCUCCGAGACCAGCAUCAGCAGCAUCCGGGCCAGUAACACUCGCACCAUUCCAUUAGAUGAAGUCUCAGAUGAGGAGUGGGAAGCUCAGUGAGCAUCGAUACCUUUUGGUUUGGUACAUGAGAACAGCUCCGCCUGCUGCUGCUACCCCCUCCCCACCCCUGAAAUCUGCUGCCACCAGGAAUAUCUGUAAACGGCAUGAAAUGAAACACUCCUCGACUUGCACCGUUUCAACUGCAGCUAGUACCGCUAACCUGACAAUCAAGCAUGUUGAGAAGUCUUCUGUUCAUCUUCAUUUUACAUUAAAAACUGAAUUUACUAAUAAAACCUAACGUUACAGUUUUAACAUUGUGUGUCAAAGAGGACACUCGUGUUGGAAAAUGCACCAUAGCAUGUACCGGUAAAAACUAGUUAAGACCCCUGCAUGAUUAAGGCACAUUUGGCUUUUAGUACGAACAGUGGAUUUAUUUGAAAUAUAAAACAUGACACGUUCCUGCUGGCUCAGUUGAAAACAUUUGGAUCAAAACUUGGAGAACGCUCCUGCAGGCCCAAUCAGGCCGUCAGUCCUAAAAUGUAUGAACUUUAUAAUUCAUCUUCAUUUUUUCCACAAACCAUCAACUUCAUGUGCAUUCUGAAGAAGCACCAAGUGCGAUUGUCCCGUUAACGCCGUUUACAAAUUAAGUCCAACCCGUCCACCACAGGCUAACUACAUGCAGCGGUGUAAGAUCAGAACCCAAAGAAACCUUUAGUUUGUUUUAUUUGUUUACAGUUUAAAUAUUUUUGUUCUGAAACAGUUUGAUACAGUUCCCAAACUUGUUGAAAAAUAAAGAUUUCUCAAUUUAUUUAUGCCGUC